GUUUUUUUUGUGUGUAUGUAAAAAAGGGGGGUGGUGGUGGUGGAUUUGUUGUGUGUGUGUGUGUGUGUGUAUGUGACCGAGGAGGAGAUUUUUUUUGGGGAGGGGAGGAGAGUCGCUGUUGGAAAAUAAAAGGAGAAUAAUAAAAAGAGAGAGAGAGAGAGGAGGCUUUUUUUUGUUUUGCAUUGAUGAUUCGCUUUCUUUUCAAACAUUUUUUUCGUAGUAAGUGUCUUCUCCAGUCGUGCAUGCGAGAAUCGGUGGACUAUAUUGCUGUGCCGAGGUCUACUCCACCCUCAGUUCACCCAAGUACAGGCAAGGCGAAGCGAUGGUGUGCAGUAAGAUUUCACUCUUCGCUGCUUUCUGGUUUAUCGUCUUGCGGACCCAGUUUUGCCAGGCAUCGGGGCAGUUCGAGUUGCAGAUAAACUUCAUGCAGAACGUGAACGGCGAGUUGCAGAAUGGGAAUUGUUGCGAAGGCAGCAGUAGGAAUCCUCAAGACCGCAAGUGUGUGCGGGCUCAGUGCGACACCUUCUUCAAAGUCUGCCUGAAGGAGUAUCAGUCCCGCGUCUCCCCCGGCGGACCCUGCAGCUUCGGAUUCUCCUCGACCCCAGUCAUCGGAGGGAAUACCUUUAACCUGAGGACGGGCAGCGGCAACAGCGAGCGCAGGAUCGUGCUGCCCUUUAGCUUCGCCUGGCCGAGGUCGUACACUUUGAUUGUGGAAGCCUGUGACUACAAUAAUGACACCAGUCCAGGCGACACUAUAGAGAAGGCUGUCUAUUCUGGGAUGAUCAACCCCAGCCACCAGUGGCAAACCCUGCGGCACAAUGGUGCAGUCGCCCACUUUGAAUAUCAGAUUAGGGUGAUGUGUGAUGAGCACUACUACGGCUUUGGGUGUAACAAGUUUUGCAGACCCAGGGAUGACUUUUUUGGACACUAUACCUGUGAUCACAAUGGCAACAAGACCUGUUUGGAGGGCUGGAUGGGACAUGACUGUAACAAAGCGAUCUGUCGCCAGGGUUGCAGCCCUGAGCAUGGCUCCUGCAAAGUGCCUGGGGAUUGCAGGUGCCAAUAUGGCUGGCAGGGGUUGUACUGUGAUAAGUGCAUUCCUCACCCGGGAUGUGUCCAUGGUACUUGCAUUGAACCAUGGCAGUGUCUCUGUGAAACCAACUGGGGUGGUCAGCUGUGUAACAAAGAUUUGAAUUACUGCGGAACGCAUCAGCCUUGUUUGAACAGUGGCACCUGCAGCAACACCGGGCCUGACAAGUACCAAUGUACUUGCUCCGAUGGCUAUUCCGGGCAAAACUGCGAAAUAGCCGAGCAUGCUUGCAUCUCUGAUCCCUGUCAUCAUGGAGGAAGCUGUUCUGAAACUGCUUUGGGGUUCGAGUGCCUGUGUGCCCCUGGUUGGACUGGCCUGACUUGUAGCAUUGAUAUUGAUGACUGUGCUCUGAACCCCUGUGCCCAUGGUGGCACUUGCCAAGAUAUGGUUGAUGGCUUUAAAUGUGUUUGCCCACAACAAUGGACUGGCAAAACAUGCCAGUUAGAUGCCAAUGAAUGUGAGGGAAAACCUUGCGCAAAUGCAAACUCCUGUCGAAACCUGAUUGGUGACUACUACUGUGAUUGUAUGCCUGGGUGGAGUGGCAAAAAUUGCGAUUCAGAUGUUAAUGACUGUCACGGGCAAUGCCAAAAUGGAGGAACUUGCAAGGAUUUGAUUAAUGACUAUCGCUGUACCUGUGUGCCUGGCUAUGCUGGUGAUAACUGUGAGAAAGACAUCAAUGAAUGUGAAAGCAGCCCCUGCCUCAAUGGAGGUCACUGCCAGGAUGAAGUUAAUGGAUUCCAGUGUCUGUGCCCCGCUGGUUUUUCUGGAAACCUCUGUCAGCUGGACAUCGAUUAUUGUGAACCAAACCCGUGUCGGAAUGGUGCGCAGUGCUUUAAUCUGGCCAAUGAUUACUUCUGCAGCUGCCCAGAAGAUUAUGAAGGGAAAAAUUGUUCCCAUUUGAAAGACCAUUGCCGAACUACUCCCUGUGAAGUUAUUGACAGCUGCACAGUUGGUGUAGCGUCCAACAGUACGCCCGCUGGGAUACGGUACAUCUCCUCAAAUGUUUGUGGACCUCAUGGCAAGUGCAAGAGUCAGGCCGGUGGAAAAUUCACCUGUGACUGCAACGAGGGAUUCACUGGUACCUACUGUCAUGAAAACAUUAACGACUGUGAGAGCGAUCCUUGUAAAAAUGGUGGGACCUGCAUUGACGGAGUCAACAUCUAUCAGUGCAUAUGUCGUGAAGGAUGGGAAGGGAUCCUUUGCCAAAUCAAUAUUAAUGAUUGCGCAUUAAACCCGUGCCAGAAUGGAGGCAAGUGUCAGGAUCUGGUGAAUGACUUCUACUGUGAAUGCAAGAAUGAUUGGAAAGGCAAAACGUGUCAUUCUAGGGAUAGUCAAUGCGACGAAGCCACAUGCAACAAUGGCGGGACGUGUUAUGAUGAAGGAGAUACGUUUAAGUGUAUGUGCCCUGCUGGCUGGGAAGGUGCCACUUGCAACAUAGCACGAAAUAGCAGCUGUUUGCCGAAUCCUUGUCAGAAUGGUGGAACCUGCGUGGUCAGUGGGGAUUCCUUCACUUGUGUCUGUAAAGAAGGCUGGGAAGGAGUCACGUGUUCGCAGAAUACAAAUGAUUGCAAUCCACACCCAUGUUACAACAGUGGCACUUGUGUGGACGGUGAGAACUGGUAUCGAUGUGAAUGUGCUCCUGGUUUUGCAGGACCAGAUUGCCGGAUAAACAUCAAUGAGUGUCAGUCUUCACCCUGUGCCUACGGGGCUACGUGUGUGGAUGAAAUCAAUGGCUAUCGCUGUAUUUGCCCUCCAGGCCGCAGUGGUCUAAGAUGCCAAGAAGUUACAGGGAGAGCUUGCAUUCUGAAAGAUAGUGUUGCAUCACAUGGAGCUAAGUGGGAAGAAGACUGCAAUGGAUGUCAGUGUCACAACGGCAGAGUUACAUGCACAAAGAUGUGGUGUGGACCUAAACCUUGCAGAGUUCACGGGAAAGGCCAUAGCAGUUGUCCAGCAUGGCAAACUUGCCUCCCUAUCCAGGAUGACCACUGCUUUGUUCCUCCAUGUGUAGGCUUGGGUGAAUGCUCAUCCAGUCGCCUGCCAACAAAAACCAGAUGUCAGCCUAACGUGGAUUACCUUGACAGCAGUUGUGCCAAGAUCACUCUUGCUAUUAACAAGGAGAUGCUUCGACCGGGCAUUACCAUUGAACAAAUCUGUGCAGAGCUGAGGCAUCUACAGAUUUUGCGCAACCUUUCGGUAGAAUAUUCACUUUAUCUCGUCUGCGAAAAAACUCACUCCGCUGCUAAUGAGAUUAACGUGGCAAUAUCAGUGGAAAAUUCACUCCAGGAAAUGAACCCAAUCAAAGAUAUAACUGAGAAAAUUACAGACGUCAUUAGUAAACGCGAUGGAAACAACACUAUUCUUGCAGCUAUCGCAGAGGUUCGAGUCCAAACAAUGCACGAACCACUCAAGCCAGAUUUCCUGGUCCCCUUGCUGAGCUCCGUGAUCACAGUCGUUUGGAUUUGUUGCUUCGUGAUGCUGUUUUUCUGGUGGAUACGCCGUCGGAGAAAACGCAGCAGUCCUACUCCCACCGCGUCGGAUGACACCACUAACAACGUGCGCGAGCAGCUGCACCAAAUAAAAAACCCCAUCGAGAAGCACGGGAUGAAUAGUUCAGCCAGCAAAGACUACGAAAACAAAAAUUCGAAAAUUGCCAAAAUAAGGACGCAUAACUCAGAGCUAGAGGAAGUGGAUGUAGACAAGCACCAGCAAAAGACGAGGUUUUCCAAACAGCCCGCAUACACACUGGUAGACAGAGAUGAAAAACUGGUACAAGGUACUCCUACAAAGAAUCCGAAUUGGACGAAUAAACAAGACAAUAGAGACUUGGAAAGUGCACAGAGCUUGAGUCACAUGGAAUACAUUGUAUAGCAGUCAGUGGUGCUGCUUAUUUAACAUUAAACGAUGCACAGCCUUUUGCUAUCCCCGAAGGCUCAAAGUCAUAGUUCCUAAAUUGUUCUGUAAUAUUUUUUGAGUGUAAAGGGUAUUAUCGACAAAGAAUCCCUAUGUUCGUCCAAGUUGAGACAAACUGACUUACACAGGCAUUGAUAGUUGCUGUGGUUGGCUGAGAUUACACAGGCUGCAUCUCACCUCUAUGCAAAACUAGUCAAAGUGCCCUAAUGUAAAUUCAGUUGCUGUUUAAUGCAUUGCUGAACCAUUCUGUAAUUAAAUCACAGUUUAAUUAGGAUUCCUCGCCCUUUGCCAACCUACCCAGUUGUAGGCGUUAGCCCGCUCCCGGUUUAAUUUAAGAUGGUGAAUUUUUAUUUAUUUUUUACUGGCUCUGAUCUCUCAGUAUUGUUAAGUUGUGUAUAAUAAGUUUGACUUCGUUAGUCUAGUUUUGUAAGUGCCUAUGCAGCUGGAAACCACAGCAAUCAUCAACAUCCAAGAUGAUUAUUUUUUGUUGGGGGGCACAAUGUCAGCAGUUGCUGUUCAGAUGAAGAAUUUAAUAAAAAGGCCAAGUGUUUAUGAUUUUGUACAAAUGUAAAUACUUUUUUAAUUAAUCACUGUGUAUAUUUGAUUUAAUAACUUAAAUAAUCAAGAGCCUUAAAUACCAUUCCUUUUAUUUAUAUGUAUGUUUAGAUUUGAAGGUUUUUGAUAGCUUUGUAAGCUUAUGGCUCCUUUAUUUUUGAUGAAUUGUUUCUUUAUGUUUCAGUAAUGUUGCCUUCAUGCCAAAUUUGAGGUGUGCUCUAGAUGCUGAAUAGAUUAUUUUUUAGCACUGGCAAUGGCCUUGUGCCUCAGAACUGUUUUGUACAAUGUCAGAUAUUUUGGAUCAAUCUCUAUAGUAUCACUUCAAGCUCUUUUUCUUUUUUGGCCAGGAUUUUUUUUUUUAUAUACAUCAAUUUGAGACAAGCGGAGAGCAUUAGACUAGAAUGCUUUGAUACUUGCUGCUUUAGAGUUCAAAACAUUUGAGUGACAGGCAGACUGCAACAAAAUACACUUGUAAGGGAACAAAUUAACCUAUUUACUUUUGUGUAACUGAAAUGUGAGUGGUUGCAUGUACUUAAAAAAAAAAUAAAUAAAUAAAAACAUUGAAUAUCUCUAGAUAGUGCAUUUGAAUUAAAAGCACAGCACAGCAUUGUUUUGUAAAUCCUGAUCUUUCACCCUGGAUAUAAUAUUGAACCACUUGUAGAUUUGAUUUUUGUAAUAACAUACCUGCAUUUAGGAAGUAUUCUAGUAAUAAGCUAGCUGUUGAAUACUUGAAUGGUAGAUUUUUCCAGUGAGAUCACUAUGUAAAAAUGCCAGCUCACACUGCCUGCCUUAGCUGAGGGAAUCCAGACGCCUCUGCAGAGUAUAUCUAUACUGAACUGAAAAGGCUCUUAAACGUGGUCAUCUCAUUGGUAAAACCUUGAUCUUGAUGUUUUCUUGUGUAUUGUGACAUUAGUGUUAUAUGAACAUGAGGAUGCAUCUUUGUGUUGCUCCUGGCAAUAAAUUUUGGAAAUUAAUAUUUAUUAAAUAUUUUGAUACAACAAUGCACUACUGUUGUGUGCUUUCUUUUCAAGAUGUGCAUGCAUUUCCAUAAUUUCAAACAUUAGCAUUACACAAUCAGUUCUAAAAUGUGCCCAUUGUGUUUAUCCAGUUCUGAAAUUUUCUCCUGGCAAGAUUACAAAACGACAUUGAUAAAAAUACAGGUACUUCUGUACCUUGAUCAAAAAUGCAUUGGCUUGUACAGUGCACUGCAACUAACGUGAUGUUUUGGAACUGUAAUGUAUCCUUUGGUUAGUAAAAUGCUGGGAUAUUAACAAGCUUUUUGUCAAGUAGUUUGGCCAGUUUGACAAUUACUUUGUAAACUUUCUGCAAAUUCUUUUCUCCAAUUGUGCACCCUUGCAUUGGCUGCAGAUGGUUGUUGAUCUUUUGACCAAUUGGAUGAAUGGAGGGCACCAUUUCGAAAUAGGCAAGUAGUUGCAUUACCUCAGGCUGUCUGUAUUCCUUUUAAGCUGCCUGUAAGAGUUUUGUUGCUGUGUAGUGUAAUAGCUGGUUCAAGAGACGAUCUCCCAUAAUUUGAUUCAUAGCUUCAUAAAUACUUUGUUAAGCAACUUGUAUGUUACUUUCAAGCUCUUACUGUCCAGUUUCUCCCAGUUUGUAUAAUAAUCACUACUUGCCAAUUGUUUAAUUCUCUGUAACAUGUCUGUACGUUGUGACUUUUUCUUGUGCCCAUUUUCCAAAAAAAUCCCAAUAAAAAGUUUUGAACAGA